AUGUCCACAAAACCUUUUUUUUUUUUGGGAAUAAUUAUUGCUGUUGCUGUCUUUUGCUACACUAUCUCCCCUUAUUUCAAUUGUUGUUAUCAUCAUGAUCCACAUAAAAGGAAUCUACUUAAUCAAACUUAUCCCAUUUUAAUAUAUAUAUAUAUAUAUAUAUAUUAUAUAAGGUUGAGGGAGAAAAAAAAGAUAGAAUGUAAAAGGUUUUUUUUUUUGUUAAAUUCAAAUUUUAUAAUAAUAUGGUGGAGAGAGAGAGAAAGAAAAGGGAAAAACAAAAUGUUGGUUAGAGAAGAACAAAUUGAUAGUAUCACAAGAUAUGGCAAGAACCCAUUACAUAUAUUCAUAUGGACUCCAUUUAUUGAAAAUUAUCCAAGGGCACAAUUCCCAGGUAUAAUAUUAUUUAGUGAAAUAUAUCAAGUAACAGAGACAGUACGUAGAUUAGCCAAAAGGAUUGCCUCAAAUGGGUAUAUAGUCAUGUCACCUUCAUUGUUCCAUAACUUUGUUGGUUCUGAACCGUUGCCAUUCAAUAACCAAGGCAAGGAGGAUGGUAACGAUUAUAAGAUACAGAAACCAUUGGAUUCAUACGACGAAGACAUUGAUAUAUGUUGUAAAAAGUUGUACGAAAUGGCGAAUUUCGAUGGACGUGGGAUCGGUGCUACAGGGAUGUGUCUUGGAGGCCAUUUAGCGUUUAGAUCAUUAUUGAAUGAGAGUGUGUGUUGUGCCACCUGUUUUUCUCCAACAGAUAUAGAUUCGAAGACUCUUGGGUUUGGAAUGAAUGAUAAUACUCUAUCGAGAAUAACAAAAGAAGUGGGGCCAAGUAAAGAACUUUUGUUGAUAUUUGGUACAGAGAGUACCAAGAUUGGUUCGAAGGGUAGAGAGCUGAUACGCGACAAUUUGAGAUCAAAUGGGAUAAAUUUUAGUAUUUUGGAGUUAAUGGAUACAGACACAAAUUUUAUUAGUGAUGAAAGGGAUAACGAUAAAUUCAAUCCUACUCUAUCUGAAUGUUGUUUUUCCUUGAUGUUUGAGCAAUUUAAUAGACGAUUAAAAACGUCUCUUGGGUGUUACACUACCACAAAUGAGGAAAAGUGA